AUGCCAACAUUAAUCAGAGACUCUCCACCUCGUCAAAAGGCAAAGAGCAAAAGGACAGCAACAAUUAGGACGGAUCCUAAUGCUCCUCCUACAGAUGAGAAUGACUCGAAAACACCAACCGCAAAGGAUCAUCCUUUGAACACAAACGAUGAGCUUCCACCACAAGCAUCAUCGUCAACAUCAACAUCAAAGACGACAAAGCCAGCGAGGCUUCCUUCGUCUACUAUACCGAAAGCUGCUACUUCUGUGGCAGCAGCACAGUCGUCAAUAACUAAUACAGAUGCAACCGAUGCCAUAACGAAUAGGACGACGACUGGAGGAACCAAGAAGCGGAAACUAUUGGAGGCCACCACGAAUGCAACCACCACAACCACAACCACAACUGCUGCCUUUUCUCCUCCGCCUACCAAAAUGCACAAAUCCAAUCCUACAAGUGCAAACGCAAACGCAACAACAAAAACAACAAGAAGUACUACUACUAGUACUGGCAAAGCAAACGCGCCACAACCACAAACGACGGCAACGACGAGGACGACGACAGCCAGCAAUAUCACCAAAAAGGCACCACCAUCAUCACCAUCGGUAGCGGUUCCCACGGCCACCACGAAUGCUGCCACGGCGGCGGCUACCCAAGCAAGAGCGGUGAUACUAUCACCUACCGGAACACCAACCACAACACCAGCAAAACCUGCCAACAAAGGAGGAACAACAAAUACUAACACUACUACUACUACUACUCCGCCAACUAGUAUUAGUACUAGUACUAGUACUAGUGCUGUGAAGACAAAAAUCCCCAACAAGGCUACUACAACUGCUCGGCCAGCUGCUGCUGCUGCUACUACUACUACUGCAGCCACCUCUCCUGCAGUGCCACCACAAUCCAGCAGCAGCAGCAGCAGCAAGGUUGCUACAACAACAACAACAACAACGGCUCACAACAAUAACGGCAAACCAGUACCGUUGGCCAAAAAGUCAUCCAACAGCAACAAUAGUAACAAUAGCAAUAAUACUCCUUCUGGUGCUGCUGAUGGAAAUGGAACUGCUGGUACUACUACUGCUACUGCUACUACUAUUGCUGCUACAAGUCAACCACAACCACAAGGCGGUCAUGAUUACAGUAUUGUAUCUCAAUUGAUUCAUGAUAUUUAUGUCUUGUUGGAAACCUAUGGACCAUUGACGGAAGCACAAUUGGAAUUCAACUUGCCUGAAACCAGUACUAGUGGUGGUGGUGGUGCUGGAAGUGUUUGGAAGGAUGUUUUGGAACUCCUAGUGGCAUUGGGAUUGAUACAGAUUGUAGCAUUGUCGGAAAACAACAAUGACCAUGGCAACGAGUUGGAGGAGGAGGAGGAGCAGGAGGAAGACGGCAGCAAUGACAAAGACAACAAGAACAAAGAGCAACCGCAACCACAACCACCACCACAACAACAACAACCACAACCACAACAACAACAACAACGAUUGUACUGCGUGGGGGGAGGAAAGCCACGACAUCAUGUGGUGACACCGGCCAAUAUAUUGCAAGAGAUUCAGGAAGCUCAACACGAAUGGAAACAAUCGCAAUUGAGACAAGAACGAUUGGUAGAAGCACUAAAGCUCUUGCAACAGGAAGAACAAAGGCGGGUGGCUGUUGAAACCAAUGCGUAUGAUGGUAAUGAUGAAAUAAUGCCAACAGCAGCAACAACAACAGCAACAACAGUGGAGGAUGAUCCAAUGGUGGUGGACAAUGAUAAUAAUAAUCAAGAUAGUGGUGGUGAUCCUACUAGUGCGGAGAAUACUAGUGACAAAGCCAAGAAUAAUAAGAGCAGCAACGAACGCAGCAAAAAGGCAAAACUAGACCCCAAGUCUCAAAGUUUUGCGCGGGAUGUCGUCAAGAAUCUAUUGAUUGACUAUCCCGAAAUUGCCUACGAUCCAGUCUAUGUCACGGCGCUUCGCAAUUUGCACAUUGACAUUGGAUUGGUGCUGGGAGGAACGGCUUCCUCGGAAGCUUCCCUUGCGUUGAAUCAAGCCACCAAAGCGACCAGCCAAAAUUCUGGUGGUGGUUCGUCGUCUUCCGGCAAAAAGAAAAAGUCCAAGCGCAAACGAUCUCCUGCUUCUAAAGGUGGUGCCUCUGGUAGUGGUGGUGGCGGUGGCCGUGGUGGUGCCAAACCAGUGACGGUCACCAGUAGUGGUAGUGGCCAAUCGUCUCCCAAACCAGCUCCACUACCCAAAACUCCCACACCAGCAGCAGCAGCAGCAGCAGCCACAACAACAACAACAACACCAAGUAGUAAUCCGUCCAAGGCAACGACGACGACAACAACGCCGGCAUCGACGCUAUCCAACAACACGUCCCAAUCAACACCUGCUGCCGCAAAAGUCACUGCCUCAUCAUCUUCUACGAAAAGUCUCCCGCCGAAUCCAAAGGCGGUCAGUGCUCCUCCGAAGAUUGCCCCUCCUGCUGCAAAGUCUACUACGCCGAACCAAGACACUAGGACGACUGGAAGUAAACAUAAUACUCCUACUACCGUCGGUGCACAGGUGGCGGCAUCCGCCGCCGCAGCAAGUGACGCGAAUGGGACAAAGUAA